UUACUUUAUAAAGAAGCCAUGUUUCAAAAGUAGAAUUCUUUUCAGCCAUCUUUUUCAUUUUUGCUUCCGAGAUCAAUACUAGGGUUUUGCUGCACAUUGUUGCUUCUUCUGAUCGAGAAAUCGAGAAAUGGAAGCACUACCGUUGGGUUUCAGAUUCCGGCCAACGGACGAGGAACUUAUCAAUUACUACCUCCGCCAGAAAAUCAACGGCCACCAUUCAGAGGUUCAUAUCAUCCCUGAAGUCGAUGUCUGCAAGCUAGAGCCUUGGGAUUUACCCGAUCAAUCAGUUAUAAAGACGGAUGAUCCAGAGUGGUUUUUCUUUUGUCCUCGGGACAGAAAGUAUCCAAAUGGCCAUCGAUCAAAUCGUGCCACAAAUGCUGGUUACUGGAAAGCUACAGGAAAGGAUAGAACGAUAAAAACUCGUGGUCGAUCAGAUGCUAAGAUAAUCGGCAUGAAGAAGACGCUAGUUUUCUACAGAGGUCGAGCUCCCAAAGGCGAGCGCACCCAUUGGAUUAUGCAUGAGUAUCGUCCCACAGAAAAAGAUCUCGAUGGCACAAACCCUGGCCAGGUAGCAUAUGUUCUUUGUCGUUUGUUCAGAAAAUCAGAAGAAAUCAUGGAUCCCUCAAAGUAUGAUGAACCGGAACCAAGUAGUUUAUCUCCUACACCACAUAAAUCAUCUCCUGAAAAUGCAUCUUUUGAUUUCCUACAACCACCAUCACCACUCGAUCUUCAAACAAAUGGAAUCGAGCCUGUUUGUUUUGAAAGCAGGGUUGCUGACGUGGACAAGAUUCCAGAAAUCGGAGCAUACUUAGAUUCAAGAUUUGCAAAUGAUUUUGGUAGUGAUGACAAUGGGCUAGGUUUCCAAGAUGGGACAUGUGAACCAGAUGUAUCCCUUUCAGAAUUGUUGUCACUCCUACAAAAGGGUAGUGAGUCAUCAUUUAAAGAUCCAUGUAGUCUGAAAAAUGAAGAAAUGGGAAGUGAAACAUUUAUGUCUGGACCAUUUCAGACAUCACAUCAUAUAUUUCCUGUUAAUUCACAUAUGAUAGACAAUGGAUAUGAUUUGCCCCAAAAACAGAUUUUAAUGCCUCCAAGAUCUUCUGAAUCAACUAGUGGAACGAAUGCUAGUGGGAGUGGGAGUGGGAGUGGUCAAACGGGUCGACCUGACAUCAAGAUCCGGACCCGUCAAUCUCAAACGGAUCCAAAUCCGGAACAUGUCAUGGGGCAGGGGACUGCUUCUAGAAGAAUCCGUCUGCAGAUUGAUUCUUCUUCUGGAUCAAGCAGCCAUGGUGAUAGCUGUAGCAACGACCAUGAGAAUGAAGAAGAAACAAGUUCAUCAGUAUCUGAGGUUUGUGACACUGGAGAAGACACUGGGAUAACUUCAAAUGCAUACAAAACUGAUCAAGGAGAAGAUGAACGGCUGAGAUCGAAGAAGAAACAAGAGGGGGGUGUUAGUGUUAUUUCCAACAUUCAAAUCCAGCCGUUGAUUUUGGUGAAGGCAUACUGUGGUGGACAUUUUCUGAGGUCUUCCUUGUUUAAAAUAAUCAGCGUAUUUCUUGUUAUAUUUUUAAUGGUGAUUUCUUUAGGGGUUGCAGAAUGCCCUAUUUUCCUUCUUUGAUUAGAUCAAAGAUGAUGAUAAAAAUUUGUUUAUAUGCAAACUUAGGUUUCAUUUCAGGUGUUAUGUAAUUGAGUUGAAAUUCAUGGGAUUGGUUUGUGUAAUGGUGUAAUAUUAGUUGCAUGUAUUGUUUCAUGUGAA